UCACUGGCUCUAACCAUCUUUCGUUUGAAAUACUACGAUGCUUCUAAUUGGCCAAUCCACAUCCCAAACAAGAAUGAAGACACCUUCAUAAGGCGUGCAUACUACGGUGGUCAUACAGAUACAUACAAGCCAUAUGGCGAGGACCUAUACUACUACGAUGUGAACUCUCUCUAUCCCUUUGUAAUGAAGGAAUUUCCUAUGCCUGGUGGUGCGCCAGUCUGGCAAGGAAAUCUGGAUGGCAUGGACUUAGAUAGCAUGUUUGGCUUUAUUGAGGCUUAUGUGGAAUGUCCGAAGACUAUCAAGAAGCCCUUUCUACCCUAUCGAAACAAGGAAAACACUCUCAUCUUUCCAACCGGGGAAUUUUUUGGAGUGUACUUUAGCGAGGAAUUAAAGUAUGCAAGAGACAUUGGCUACACUGUGAUCCCAAUCUCAGGCUACCUUUUUGAGAGGAAGGAAAGCCCAUUCAAGGACUUUGUUAGCUCACUCUUUGAGAGCAGGUUAGAGGCAAAGAAAGAAAAGAAUGAGGCAAUGGCCUAUGUGUACAAGACCCUAAUGAAUUCGCUAUACGGUAGAUUUGGCAUUAACCCUAAAAGCACUAUAACAGAGAUCUGCGAUGAAAAGAAAAGCAAAAAUAUGCUCAGGCAUUGUGAUCUUAUAUUCAGUGAAUUGCUUGAUGAGAACAAAUACAUCAUUUCCUUCCAUAGCAAUACCGAUAAGGGCCCUGAUUAUUGGAAGCCACCGGAAAACUCAGCUGUCCAACUAGCUGCUGCGAUCACUGCCUAUGCUAGGAUCUAUAUGUACCCUUAUAUCUCAAGAGAGGACUGCUACUACACGGACACAGACUCAGUUGUGCUUGGUCAGCCGCUACCUGAAGAACUGAUUUCUUCUUCUGCUUUAGGUAAGUUUAAGCUAGAGGACAGAGUUCUGAAAGGAUACUUUUUAGCACCAAAAUCCUAUUACUACGAAACUAAAGAUAAAGAAGUACUCAAGUUCAAGGGACCA